AGCAGCUGCAUAGACAGCAACGCCCAGCUUCCCCAUUCAUCUGCACACUGCAGCCCCUUCCUAUGGGAUCAGACCCUGCACACUGCUCUGGACAUAGGACUUUUGCAUUGCUGAAACUUUUCAAGGCUUGACCCCCCCUCACUGCCAGGAGCUGGAUGCUUCUCUGUUGUGGUGGGUUCCCUGCUGGAAACCUCUGGUGAUUCAAUUGUGUACCUGUAGAAAGACAUAAUCAGCACCUAGGGAAGGGGACCUUGUUCUGGAUCCAGUGGACAUCACGCCGACGCCUGCGACACCCUGGAUGAGGGGGUUCUGGACAAUGACUGAGUACAAGCUGGUGGUGGUGGGAGCAGGAGGCGUUGGGAAAAGUGCCUUAACCAUUCAGCUUAUACAGAACCACUUUGUUGAUGAGUAUGACCCAACCAUUGAGGAUUCCUACAGAAAACAGGUCGUCAUAGAUGGAGAAACUUGCUUGCUGGACAUCUUGGACACAGCAGGUCAAGAGGAAUACAGUGCGAUGAGGGACCAGUACAUGAGAACAGGAGAAGGGUUUUUAUGUGUUUUUGCCAUUAACAACACCAAGUCUUUUGAGGAUAUUCACCAAUACAGGGAACAAAUAAAAAGGGUCAAGGACUCUGACGACGUUCCAAUGGUUUUGGUGGGGAACAAGUGUGACCUCCCAGCCAGAACUGUGGAGACCCGACAAGCUCAGGACCUGGCUAGAAGUUACGGCAUUCCUUACAUUGAAACAUCUGCUAAAACCAGGCAGGGAGUAGAAGAUGCCUUUUACACGUUAGUGAGAGAGAUCCGGCAGCAUAAAUUACGGAAGCUCAAUCCUCCUGACGAGAGUGAGAAAGGAUGUCUGAACUGCAAGUGCGUUGUGUCCUGACCAUGGAUUGCAGGUCAUGGCCUGACCUGAAGGUGUUCCCCUGUUCUGCUACUCCGGCCAAGUGCCAGAUUCCCAGUUGGAUAAGUAUUAGAAGAGAUUAGAAGACACCAAGCCUUCUGUAGAGACGUUUGUAAAGACUUGAAUAUGAUUAACCUGGGUAUUAUAUUUCCAUAUCCAGGAAUGUAUUGUCUUCUGGAUGUGCUGAGUGUAUACCACAGGUGGCAUUAAUGCCAACAAAAGGGUUAAUGACACGACUGUUGUUGCCAUCUCAGUGGAUUUAAUUUUCUUUGGUCAUUAUGGUACCAUCAUCAGUAUCAAUAUUUCAAGGUAAAAUGGAUCUUUGGAUGAGCAACCUAGUCCUACAUAUGUUGCAGAAGGAACCUUAUACUAAGAUGUCAUGUCAUUGACUACGAGAAUCCACAUGUCAUGCCCCGGAGUAAAGAAUUUUACUAUGACACUUCUGCUUUCAAACUUCAUGAUUAAUGUGUAUUACAAUUUGAAGUGAUAAAAGAAAAAAAAAUAUUCUGAUGACAUUUGAACUAUUCAGAAAAAGUCAAAUCACAAUUUAAGUGUUCAGUGUCUUGUGUAUGACAUGUUCGUUGGUGCUUGAAAAGGGGCUCAGCUGCUGUGAAAUACAAGUGAUUCCCCCCCAUGAUAUCUAUAAGUAAUAAAAAUGAUUUCCAAUAA